AUGAUCUUCGCCUCGUCGGUGCUGUGGGUGGCUACAGGCCUACUGGACAGCGACUACUUCAUCACGGGUCUCAACUUGGCUGGUGUGGUGUUGGGUGCUAUUCAAAUGGUAUUGUACUACAUCUAUCGCCCUGGACGAGCUGUGGAGCAAUACGGCUCAAAUGGAGAGCUGCCUAUCGUUGUCUCGCCUACUUCCAAGAGUGCUGGCGUCGUGAUGACCACCGAGAGCCCCGUUUACAAACCACUUUCGUCUCCGACUGGUGUCGGCAAAGUCUAAAAGACAAUCAAUGCAUAUCUACUUACAACCG